UCCCGGGCCUUGUCCCUGCCGGUGGCGGUGGCGGUGGCGGUGCCGGUGCCGGUGCUGGUGUCUCCGCGGCGAUGCUGCUGGUGCUCUCGGCCGAUCACCAGGCGCACCUGGGCUGCUUGCCGCGGGCGGGCGGCGCAGGGGGGGAGCAGGCACCGGGCCGCGGGGGCACCGGGCCGGAGAGCGGGGAGACCGGGCCGGGCCGUGGGGAGAGCGGGCACCGGGCCGAGCCGCGCUCGUUCGGCGGCAGGACGGCCGUGCGCGGUGCGCUCUGCCCCGCUGCCAAGGCCCCCCGAGCCCCCGCACUUUGUGUUUUCUUUAAAGGAAAGCUGAACAUUGGCGUUGACAUCAUUCAGCACGGGGUAGAAGGACUAGUGUAUCUUCUUACUGAGAGUUCCAAGCUUAUGAUUUCUGAGGUUGACUUCCAAGAUUCCAUUAAUGUUUUGGGAUUCUCAGAUGAAUUGAACAAGUCCUUGCUCCAGCUGUACCUUGACAACAGGAAAGAGAUCAGGAGCAUUCUUGGAGAGCUGGCACCAAGGCUUCCCAGCUACCACAGUCUGGAGUGGAGACUGGAUGUGCAGCUUGCAAGCAGAAGUUUGAGACAACAGAUCAAGCCUGCUGUGACUAUGAAGCUACAUCUUAACCAAAAUGAAGAUCAAACUGCCCAGGUGUUGCAAACUGACCCUGCUACCCUUCUCCACCUUAUCCAGCAGCUGGAGCAGGCGCUGGGGGAGAUGAAGAUGAACCACUGCAGAAGAAUAGUGCGCAACAUGAAAUAACCUUGAUUCCUCUCUGCUCUCUUACUGAGUAGUUUGUAAAACUAUUCAAAACACUGCUCACAAAUACAUUUUCAGGCAAAAUAAACAUCUGGAUCAGAUGAACUGCUUUCCUGUGCCAGGAUCUUGAGCCAGUAUUUACUGGCUAAAUGUCCUUGGCUGCCAGCUUUGCGCAUCUUUAUGUGGUGACCUUUUUCAAAUAGUCAUCUUCAUAUAUAGCACAUGGUAAUUAAAUGUGGACUAAUAUUA